AUGCAAUUCCGCUCGCCUACAGCCGCCAGGAGCUCCCUGGCGCCUCAGGCAGCGUCCUCCUCCGAAGCAGCUGCGCCUGCCCCUGGGCAGCCUGGACCUUCGUGCCCUGCCCCCGGGGCCUCGCGCAGGGGGCGCCCCGGGACACCCCCUGUGGGCCGGGUGGAGGAGGAAGAGGAGGAGGAAGAAGACGUGGACCGGGACCCGAACCCUACGCGGAACACCUGGCUGCGCUGCUGCCACUUCUCUUUAAGGGGAAGAAGAGAGCCGGGGAGAGCCAUGGGGGGCAGCGAAGUCCGGGAAUUUCUUUUGCAAUUUGGUUUCUUCUUGCCUCUGCUGACAGCUUGGCCGGGCGACUGCAGUCACGUCUCCAACAACCAAGUUGUGUUGCUUGAUACAACAGCUGUGCUGGGAGAGCUAGGAUGGAAAACAUAUCCAUUAAAUGGGUGGGAUGCCAUCACUGAAAUGGAUGAACACAAUAGGCCCAUUCACACAUACCAGGUAUGUAAUGUGAUGGAACCAAACCAAAACAACUGGCUUCGUACAAACUGGAUCUCCCGUGAUGCAGCUCAGAAAAUUUAUGUGGAAAUGAAGUUCACACUGAGGGAUUGUAACAGCAUCCCAUGGGUCUUGGGGACUUGCAAAGAAACAUUUAAUCUAUAUUAUGUGGAAUCAGAUGAGUCUCAUGGAAUUAAAUUCAAGCCAAGCCAGUAUACAAAGAUUGACACAAUUGCUGCUGAUGAAAGUUUUACCCAGAUGGAUUUGGGUGAUCGCAUCCUCAAACUCAACACUGAAAUUCGUGAGGUGGGGCCUAUAGAAAGGAAGGGAUUUUAUCUGGCUUUUCAAGACAUCGGGGCGUGCAUUGCCCUAGUUUCGGUCCGUGUUUUCUACAAAAAGUGCCCCUUUACUGUUCGUAAUCUGGCCAUGUUUCCAGACACUAUCCCAAGGGUUGAUUCUUCCUCCUUGGUUGAAGUAAGGGGCUCUUGUGUGAAGAGUGCAGAAGAACGUGACACUCCUAAACUGUAUUGUGGAGCUGAUGGAGAUUGGCUGGUUCCUCUUGGAAGGUGUAUCUGCAGUACAGGAUAUGAAGAAAUUGAAGGUUCUUGCCACGCUUGCAGACCAGGAUUCUAUAAAGCAUUUGCUGGCAACACAAAGUGUUCUAAAUGUCCUCCACACAGUUUAACCUACAUGGAAGCAACUUCUGUCUGUCAGUGUGAAAAGGGUUACUUUCGAGCUGAAAAAGACCCACCUUCCAUGGCGUGUACCAGGCCACCUUCAGCUCCUAGGAAUGUGGUUUUUAACAUCAAUGAAACGGCCCUUAUUUUGGAAUGGAGCCCACCAAGUGACACAGGAGGGAGAAAAGAUCUCACAUACAGUGUAAUCUGUAAGAAAUGUGGCUUAGACACCAGCCAGUGUGAGGACUGUGGUGGAGGACUCCGCUUCAUCCCAAGACAUACUGGCCUGAUCAACAAUUCCGUGAUAGUACUUGACUUUGUGCCUCACGUGAAUUACACCUUUGAAAUAGAAGCCAUGAAUGGAGUUUCUGAGUUGAGUUUUUCUCCCAAGCCAUUCACAGCUAUUACAGUGACCACGAAUCAAGAUGCACCUUCCCUGAUAGGUAUGGUAAGGAAGGACUGGGCAUCCCAAAAUAGCAUUGCCAUAUCAUGGCAAGCACCUGCUUUUUCCAAUGGACCCAUACUGGACUACGAGAUCAAGUACUAUGAGAAAGAGCACGAGCCGCAGCUCUCCUAUUCCUCCACGAGGUCCAAGGCCCCCAGUGCCAUCAUCACAGGUCUCAAGCCAGCCACUAAGUACAUUUUUCAUAUCCGAGUGAGGACUGCAACAGGGUACAGUGGAUACAGUCAGAAGUUUGAGUUUGAAACAGGAGAUGAAACUUCCGACAUGGCAGCAGAACAAGGGCAGAUUCUCGUGAUAGUCACUGCGGCCGUGGGAGGAUUCACUCUCCUCGUCAUUCUUACUUUGUUUUUCUUAAUCACUGGCAGGUGUCAAUGGUAUAUAAAGGCCAAAAUGAAGUCAGAAGAGAAGAGAAGAAAGGACUUACAGAAUGGGCAUUUACACUUCCCAGGAAUUAAAACUUACAUAGAUCCAGAUACAUAUGAAGACCCAUCCCUAGCAGUCCAUGAAUUUGCAAAGGAGAUCGAUCCCUCAAGAAUACGCAUUGAGAGAGUCAUUGGGGCAGGUGAAUUUGGAGAAGUCUGUAGUGGGCGUUUGAAAACACCAGGGAAAAGAGAGAUUCCAGUUGCCAUCAAAACUUUGAAAGGUGGCCACAUGGAUCGGCAAAGAAGAGAUUUUUUAAGAGAAGCAAGUAUCAUGGGUCAGUUUGACCACCCAAAUAUCAUUCGCUUAGAAGGUGUUGUCACAAAAAGAUCCUUCCCGGCCAUUGGGGUGGAAACGUUUUGCCCCCGCUUCCUGAGGGCAGGGUUUUUAAAUAGCCUCCAGGCCCCGCAUCCAGUGCCAGGGAGAGGAUCUUUGCCCCCCAGGAUUCCUGCUGGCAGACCAGUAAUGAUUGUGGUGGAAUAUAUGGAGAAUGGGUCCCUAGACUCCUUUCUACGGAAACAUGAUGGCCACUUCACAGUCAUCCAGUUGGUUGGUAUGCUCCGAGGCAUUGCAUCAGGAAUGAAGUACCUUUCUGAUAUGGGUUAUGUUCACCGAGAUCUAGCAGCUAGGAAUAUAUUGGUCAACAGCAACUUAGUAUGCAAAGUUUCUGAUUUUGGUCUCUCCCGAGUGCUGGAGGAUGAUCCAGAAGCUGCUUAUACAACAACUGGUGGGAAAAUACCCAUAAGGUGGACAGCCCCAGAAGCUAUUGCCUACAGAAAAUUCUCCUCGGCAAGUGAUGCAUGGAGCUACGGCAUUGUCAUGUGGGAGGUCAUGUCCUAUGGAGAGAGACCUUACUGGGAAAUGUCUAACCAAGACGUCAUUCUGUCCAUUGAAGAAGGUUACAGACUUCCGGCUCCCAUGGGCUGUCCAGCAUCUCUACACCAGCUGAUGCUCCAUUGCUGGCAGAAGGAGAGAAAUCACAGACCAAAAUUUACUGACAUUGUCAGCUUCCUUGACAAGCUGAUCCGCAAUCCCAGUGCCCUUCACACCCUGGUAGAGGACAUCCUUGUAAUGCCAGACUCCCCUGGUGAAGUUCCCGAAUAUCCUUUGUUUGUGACGGUCGGUGACUGGCUGGAGUCUAUAAAGAUGGGGCAAUAUAAGAAUAACUUCGUGGCAGCAGGGUUUACAACUUUUGACCUCAUUUCAAGAAUGAGCAUUGAUGAUAUUAGAAGAAUUGGAGUCAUACUCAUUGGACACCAGAGACGAAUAGUCAGCAGUAUACAGACUUUACGUUUACACAUGAUGCACAUACAGGAGAAGGGAUUUCAUGUAUGAAAGUACUACAAGCACCUGUGUUUUGUGCCUCAGCAUUUCUAAAAUGAAAGAUAUCCUCUCUACUACCCUCUCUUCUGAUUCUCCAAACAUCGCUUCACAAACUGCAGUCUCCUGUCAGACUACGGGCACACACCCUUUGUUUAUGCUUCCAACCUGGAUUUAAAAAUCACUCACCAUAGCUCCUCUCUGAAUAACCUGCAAAAAAACCCUGGCCCACUGCAGAUUACCAUUACACAAUGGUAAAUAACUCAGCAUGGAUGUGUAACUUUGUAUAAUUGUAUUUUGGAAGUGUUCAAGGACUUAACCCAGAGGAAUUUGGGGUUAAUGAUGUAUUUAGAGUUUGAUGGUAGAUUAAAAAGGAAGAGUUGACCUUUCUUUCAUGUUUUGUGAUCAAGUAGCUUCCAAACUGACAUGAAUAUUUAUUUUUUAGAUAAUUAUAUUCAACUCUGUGGAUCAUAUCGUUACUCUGUCCUACAAUACUUUACCUGUCGAGGCCUGAUGUUGUUAGAAUUAUUUGCA